ACGUGUUAUCUAAUACCGCUGCAAGAGUAUUGGUCUAAGAUUCACACGGGGUACACAAAUGUUGCGUCCAGUAUCGGUCUGCCGACAGAUUGUGAUUCAGGACAUGGUGACAGCUUGGAAACACAGACGAAAAAUUCAACCAGUGUUCAUUUUAUUGAAUCGAGUUAA